AUGCUAUCAUUGCCCCACGAAGUUCUCCGACAACGAGCUACCUUCCUCCAAAACUCUAACCGCCGAUAUGUGUCCCGAAUAGCACAUGCAAAUGAAGAGCUCCGUUCAAUGGAGAAGAAACUUGGAGAGACCAAGGCAAAAAACGAUACGAUCACCGAAGAGGCUGAAGGCAUCCACCAAAAGCUUCUUCAGUCAAGAAUGGCAGAGCAGUCAGUGAAUGAGCGGCUUCGCCGACAAACGGAAAUACUCAAUACUGCUCGUAAGAACCUGGGUGAUGCUCUCGAUGGAAAUCAAGAACUCCUUCUCAAGGUCAAGAAACUUGAAACGUCCACAGACUUAUUGAGUGAUGACGAAGCAAAAUCUAUUCUCCAUCGGCUUCAUCAUGAUCUGGAAUAUUGGGUACAAUGCCAUUUCCCUCCCUUACCCCCGAAACUUGCUCCUCAAAAGAGAGACAGUGAUGGUUCAAAAAUUGACCCAACUCUUUUGUUCUUUGAAAUUUGGACUUUUGUUUCGUGGUCCAUAUAUGAGGUCUUCCUGAAGAGAUGUAUGGUUGGGACUCACUCUCAACUUGAUCAAGAUCUUUCUUUCAUCGAUUCGAAGGUGCAUGAGCUAUGUCCACCUCACGUUGCACAGCAUUGGCGAACUGCAACAAGUACGGCGUUGUUCUCACUGGGAGCUUCGAUACUGGAGGAUGACUGCUCUCAUGUCAUCUUCGAGGUGGAAAGAAGAUAUGCCCAUCAUUCCCGCACGGCUUCCAACCGAAGGCAAGCAGAGCUGAAGAAAUUGUUUGGGGAAUUUGUGGACCUGAAAAAGAAACUGCAGUGUCAAGUCGAUACCUAUUGUUUUCAAUGGGUUACUCCCAGUUCGCCAUUCAACCCAAACACAAUGGCAAGCUUCACAGGAACCUGCGAACAGUUUGGAGACAUUGAAUACACUCUGUGCCCUGGUCUUUCCAAGACCAAGGUGGGAUAUGAGCCAAUUCUAUUGGAAAAGACAAUUAUCAAGCCAGUGAGAUUGGCUCAAACGGCAAAGCUGGAGGAUACCGACGAUGAAGAGACUGAUGAAGAAGAGAUCAAGAAAGAACCCGUGGUCAAGAAAGAGCUUUUGAUCAAGAGGGAGCCUGUGGUCAAGAGGGAACCUGUGGUCAAGAGGGAACAUGUGGUCAAGAGGGAACCUGUGGUCAAGAGGGAGCCUGUGGUCAAGAGGGAACCUGUGGUCAAGAGGGAACCUGUGGUCAAGAAGGAGAAUGGGACCCAGGGGAAAUAUGAGGCCGACGGAGAAGGCAGGCCUACCCGGGAAAAACGCGCCUUUCCCUUCAAAAAAGACGGCUUCAAAAUGGAAAAUAUCAAUAUGUCAAAGGUACGACACAACAUUUGA